AUUGGUCGAAGUUCCGGGCGAUAUUGGGAGAGGCAUGAGCUUGUUCGGGUAUCCGAUCACAGAGUGCCUAAGUAGGUUAGCGGUCGAGAUUUUCGUAAUAACUAACCAACUAAAGUAAUACCGAACGACUUUGCUGUAUUGCGAUAAAACGAAAUAAUUAAAAGAACCGAAUUUUGCGUGUUGUGUUAUGGGAGAUCCGAUGAUGCAGGGCUACAACGAUGGCUACAUGGAACAGGAGGAGGAAUGGGAGAGAGAAGGAUUGUUGGAUCCAGCUUGGGAGAAGCAACAGAGAAAGACAUUUACUGCUUGGUGUAACUCACAUCUUCGUAAAGCUGGAACACAAAUAGAAAACAUUGAGGAAGAUUUUAGGAAUGGUUUAAAGUUGAUGUUGCUAUUGGAAGUUAUAUCAGGAGAGACUUUACCAAAGCCAGACAGAGGAAAAAUGAGAUUCCAUAAGAUUGCAAACGUUAACAAAGCUUUAGAUUUUAUUGCAAGUAAAGGAGUGAAAUUAGUAUCUAUUGGAGCUGAAGAAAUUGUUGAUGGAAAUGUGAAGAUGACACUUGGAUUAAUUUGGACCAUUAUUCUAAGAUUUGCUAUUCAAGAUAUUUCAGUUGAAGAAAUGACAGCAAAGGAAGGUUUACUUUUAUGGUGUCAAAGAAAAACAGCUCCCUACAAAAAUGUGAAUGUUCAGAACUUCCAUCUCAGCUGGAAGGAUGGUUUGGCCUUCUGUGCUUUGAUCCAUAGACAUCGUCCAGACUUAUUAGAUUAUUCCAAAUUGACCAAGGACAAUCCACUCGAUAAUUUGAAUCUGGCAUUUGAUGUUGCUGAGAAAUACUUGAAUAUUCCAAGAAUGUUAGAUCCUGAAGAUAUACAUAAUACCCCUAUGCCUGAUGAAAGAGCUGUGAUGACAUAUGUUUCAUCUUAUUAUCAUACAUUUUCUGGGGCUCAACAGGCUGAAACAGCUGCAAAUCGUAUCUGUAAAGUACUUAAAGUUAACCAGGAGAAUGAACGAUUGAUGGAAGAAUAUGAACGCUUAGCCAGUGAUUUAUUGGAAUGGAUUCGUCGUACAACACCUUGGCUCGAAAAUCGCACAACAGAUAACACAUUAGCUGGUGUUCAUAAAAAACUGGAUGAAUUCAGAAAUUAUAGGAGAAUGCAUAAGCCUCCUCGUGUAGAACAAAAAGCUAAACUUGAGACUAAUUUUAAUACUUUGCAAACUAAACUUCGUCUAAGUAAUCGCCCUGCUUAUCUGCCAUCUGAAGGAAAAAUGGUUUCUGAUAUUGCAAAUGCUUGGAAGGGACUAGAAACUGCAGAAAAAGGAUUUGAAGAAUGGCUGUUAUCAGAAAUGAUGAGAUUGGAACGUUUAGAUCAUUUGGCUCAAAAAUUCAAACAUAAAGCUGAUAUUCAUGAAGAAUGGACACAUGGAAAAGAAGAGAUGCUGCAAAGUCAAGACUUCAGAAAUUGCAGAUUAAAUGAAUUAAAGGCAUUGAAAAAGAAACAUGAAGCAUUUGAGAGUGAUCUCGCUGCUCAUCAAGAUAGAGUAGAACAAAUUGCUGCUAUUGCUCAAGAAUUAAAUAUAAGUGCUCUUGACUAUCAUGAUUCUGCAUCAGUUAAUGCUAGAUGUCAGAGAAUCUGUGAUCAGUGGGAUCGCUUAGGCACUCUUACACAAAAACGAAGAAAUGCUCUUGAGGAAGCAGAACGUGUAUUGGAGAAAAUUGAUCAAUUACAUCUUGAAUUUGCCAAGAGAGCUGCUCCCUUUAAUAAUUGGCUGGAUGGAGCUAGAGAAGAUCUUGUUGAUAUGUUUAUUGUUCAUACAAUGGAUGAAAUUCAAGGUUUAAUUGAUGCUCAUGAACAAUUUAAACAAACAUUAGGUGAAGCUGAUAAGGAACACAAAUCCAUCAUUUCUCUAUCACAUGAAGUUCAGACUAUUGCCACACAAUAUCAAGUGCCAGGUGGUAUUGAGAAUCCAUAUACUACUUUAACUGCCAGUGAUAUUAGUAAUAAAUGGACAGAUGUGAAGCAAUUAGUACCAAAGAGAGACCAAGUAUUGCAGACUGAACUUAUGCGCCAACAGUCUAAUGAACGCCUUAGAAGGAAGUUUGCUGAAAAAGCUAAUGUUGUAGGUCCUUGGAUAGAAAGACAGAUGGAUGCAGUUGCUGCUAUUGGUAUGGGAAUGCAAGGAUCUUUAGAGGACCAAUUAGGAAAAUUACAGCAAUAUGAACAAGCUGUCAUUCAAUACCGUCCACACAUGGAUGAAUUAGAAAAAUGUCACCAGGAAAUCCAAGAAGCAAUGAUAUUUGAAAAUACUUACACACAAUAUACUAUGGAAACAUUAAGAGUUGGCUGGGAACAAUUACUCACCUCAAUCCAUCGUAAUAUUAAUGAAGUAGAGAAUCAGAUCUUAACUAGAGAUUCGAAAGGAAUAACUCAAGAUCAACUAAAUGAAUUCCGAAUGUCAUUUAAUCAUUUUGAUAAGAAUCGUACAGGAAGAUUGGGUCCAGAAGAAUUUAAAUCUUGCCUAGUGAGUCUUGGUUACAAUAUUCGUAAUGACCGACAGGGAGAAUCUGAUUUUAGGAGGAUCAUGAGCAUUGUAGAUCCAAAUAAUACAAAUUUUGUUCAUUUUGAUGCCUUCCUUGACUUUAUGACUAGAGAGAGCACUGAUUCUGACACUGCUGAACAAAUAAUUGAUUCAUUUAGAAUCUUAGCUGGAGACAAGCCAUUUAUCACUGCCGAAGAACUGAGACGAGAACUGCCACCCGAUCAAGCCGAAUACUGCAUCCAAAGAAUGACACCUUAUAAGGGAAUGGGUGCAAUUCCGGGAGCUUUAGAUUAUAUGUCGUUCUCCACUGCUCUGUAUGGUGAAAGUGAUUUGUAACAUGUAAUAUGUUUAAGAAACAAAAAGUGCCUUUUGUCUGGCAUUCAGUUUGUCUUCCAUGUGAUGUCGAAGUUGUGGUGACUAGUCUACAUCAAAGUGCAAACGAUCGUCUAAACCAAAGUGUCAUUGUGUUGGUUUAGAGAUUUGCUGUUUGUCGACCUAAUCGAUAUGCUUCUAUUUAUCUAUGUAACAUUUUUUCUUCACAUUGUUAUGCUCGUGAGUACCAUAUUGCACAUCAAGAUGUUAGAAGUAUUCUAAAAUUUACUGUAAUAUAUUUUAGUUUGUUAGAAAAUUAGAAUGUCACAAAUAAGGAAAAGCACAUUUCCUUUGUUCAACACACUAUAUUUUUGGCUUUUUUUUUUUUUCCUUAUUUUACACAAAGUUUAGUUUUUUUCCAAACAAUUAUUUAUGAGUGGCCAUCGUGAUGCAAAAUUACUACAACGGAAAGUUAGUUUCCGUCUCAGAUUGUGUAAGUCACAGAAUAAAAAAAAAAUCUUGUCGUAAAAUACAAAAAAAAAAAAUUCCAUUUUAAUUUUUAAAUUGCAUUGCAUAUAAUGUGAAUUGUUAUUGUCCGGAUUUAGUGAAAUGUUGUACGGGAAAUAACACCCCACACAAAACAUUUGAAAUUUUAAGUAUUUAUAAUUCUUAGCAACGAAUUUAGGAUUUUGAUAUUCAUUUGGAUUUGUGAAUAAAAAAAAAAGAAAACAUUUUAUACAAAAUUUGGAAGUCGUUUUAUGGGCUAGAGCCCUAGUCAAAAUGAAUAUUGAUUACUGUAAAAUUUUGUAAUUUUAUGGUAAAUUAAUAUUUAAAAGAAAUUUUUUGAAUUGU